AUGCCUGGCUCGUCGGCUUCUCCCGGCGCCGUCACCUACGCGCCGGAUCUCCUUGCAGCUUCAUCGAAUGCUGCGACUGCGCCUGUUCUUACAGAGGCGGAACAGGUGUACCGCAUCACCGAGGCCAUCCGCGAACGCGGCUUCGGCAACCUGCUGGACGCCAUCGCCGCCGCCCCUCCCGCUCGUGGACAGUCGGACCAGUCUGGCGCAGCCGGGGCCGUGUCUACCCAAGCCGAGGCGGCUGCUGCUGACGCCACGGCCUUCCCACCCACCGUGGGAGCACUCUUCUCUGGGCCUUCAACGGUGACCAGUGACGUCUCCGUCACCAACGACCUGGCGUCCGCCGACGCUGAGAAUCGCCACCUCGAGGCCCACGUGCGAGCACACUCCCCGUCAUCGGUCGCCGAAGCCUACGCCGAACUUCUCUGUGCGGAGGAGGCCUACCCGGCGGUGGACCGGGAGGCACGCGCGACGGACUACAACCUUCAGAAACGAGUCACCGCCGACGCCGACAAACUGACGGCCCUCCAACAACAGCGGCGGCAGAUGACGGCUGCGGUGGCAGCCAUGGAACGGGAGCUUGCCGCAGCGGCUGCGGCCUGUGAGGCGUCCACGGCUUCAGCGGAGGAGGCGAAGCAAGAUGGGGCGCUCCUGAGGGCGGAGGCGAGCACAGCGCUGGCUGUGCACCGCAAACAAGUUAAAUACAUGCAGGCGCUCUCCAGCGCGCCCGCUCCUGCCCACACCCUGCCGGUGGCCGAGGGGAACACAGUGCCGGCCGCCCCUGCUACUGCAUCGGGGGCCAACUCCCCCCGCGUGACCGCUGCAGCCACCGCCGGUUUCCAGCUUCAGGAGGGCGAUUUCCCGCAGCUGCCACAGGUGAAGGGGAAGACCGCCUCGCCGGGGCGCCGUUCGCGCACGCCGCCGGAGCUCAUCACCGUGGGGUACGUAACUUCGGCGAAGGCGAGGGAGAGGGCCGGAGGCGCACCUGCUUUGGACACCCCGGCGGUGGCUACCGCCGACGCCGCCGCCGACACCGCCGCCGCCGCCGCGGUCGGGGUGGUGCCACCGCCGCUACGCGCACUCCGUAUGACCGACUCAGAGAAGGCGCAACUGAUCGCACAGCAGCAGGAGGAACUGCGGGGGUGGCACGAGCGCGACUUUGAGGACAGAGCAGCGGCGGCAGCGGCUGAAGGAGACGGCGCGGGGGGGGUAAUGGCGCCGCCCACUGCCAGGGAGGUGCAUGCAGCGGCUGAGAGGGCCGUCCAACGUGCCCAAGCAGUGGAGGUAGAGGCACGCGGUGCGAAGUGGGUCGCCCGUGUGCAGCAGUACAGGAAGCACAACGCGGGGGUCACGCUGGAAGAAGCGGUCCACCGGGUGUGGGAGUCGUAUGUCACCAGCUUCUACCUGUACCACCCCGAUACGGCCCCCGCCCCGCCCAGCGACCCACCUGCGUGGUACCUCGGGGUGGUAGCGGCGUCGGCAACGUCGCCACGGCACCCAUGGGCUCAUAUCGAGGCGGCGUCGCCGGGACCGCCGCCGCCGGAGAGGACAGCGGCGUCGCAGCCCCCUGCACCGGGUCUGUACCCUACCGGGGCCGCCGGCUACGCCCACCGCUAUCCCCUCGUAGACCCCAGCCCCGUAGUGAAGGACCUCAACACCUAUGACACGGCCCGCCUGCUGCCACCCAUGGAGCUCUUGCCGUUCGAGGAUCCCCGGAGCUGGACCGCCGCCGUCAACAUGGCGGUUGAUCGAGGGCCUUCGCUGUUUUGGGCCCGGUGCCCAGAAGAGUCGGCUCUGAUCGCGUGCGCCACCGAAUGCCUCAGCAUCCAAUUCCCCAGGGUAGAGAUGAACUUUGCAGACAAGCUGGCUAAGACUACCACUUCCCGAGGGUUCUUUGCCCUGUUCAAGGACCACACGUUCAGCGCCAUACCAGCACAAGCACCAACCCACGUAGGAGCAGCCCCGCCUAGACACUCUUUCCCCACACAGAGCAAAUCACAGCAGCCGCGAGUCAUGAUGGUGCACGGUGGGACAUAUGAUGUGCCAGAUAACGGCACAACCUAUGACCCGGUAGACGAGGAUGAUUGGCAGGAGGUGAUUGAGGUGAAAGCACGACCACCCGCGGGCAAACAGACCAGAGGCAUUAGGCUGUUCCAAUACUCCUUCAACUCACAAGAGGCCAAAGAGGGUAGGGAGAAGUGGGGCCGGGUGUGUUAUAACUGCAAAUCAGAGGAGCACUACCUCCGCAACUGCGACCAGCCAUACACAAACGCGUGUGCACAAUUCAACAAAGCAUUUGGAGAAGGCACCUCGACGGAGGUUGAGGAACGUUGGCGCGACGUGUUGGCAACCCUCCAGAAAAACUAUCAGCGUGCUAGGGUCCGGCCGAAAAAUCUAGUUCUUCGAGCCAUUAGUACCUCGUCGCCGGGGGCUACAACCUCCCGGCGGCGGCAGCAUCGGUACCAGGAGAAUCUACAUGUUGAGCAAAUCCCGGAGGUGCAGCGAGUACCCAUCCGGGGCGAAAUCCCGGAGGUGCAGCGAGUACCCAUCCGGAGCGAAAUCCCGGAGGUGCAGCGAGUACCCAUCCGGAGCGAAAUCCCGGAGGUGCAGCGAGUACCCAUCCGGAGCGAAAUCCUGGAGGUGCAGCGAGUAUCCGUCCAGAGCGAUAACCAGAACAGAGCGGGGUAAAGAUCGGGAGUCAUGACCCGACACCAAAACCCAACUCACCUCAGAAAGAAACAGAACCGAAGAGGCAUAGGACAGGGCAAAGGACACGCCCGCUCCCCCGCAAGCGCGAGUGGAGUACCCAGAACACCGUAGUCCAGGAAGGAAUUGAGGCCGAGCCCACAGAUACAGCUAGGCCGCUUCCGAACAGCGGGGAGGGGGGGGCAGUCGAUCAGAUCGGCCCUUCCCCAACGCAUGGUAUAGUCUCUGCCCAUCGAAAUUUGUCAGAGGUAACCGGCACCCCAACAGCAGCUCUUGACACAGCAGCAGCUACACAGCAGUCAGUCGCGGCGGUCGUAGGAGUACCGGCAGCAGCGGCACAGUGCACACAGAGUAGAACGGAAGUGGUAGAGACUUCGACAACUAUCCCAGAGAGCGAUGUAGGAGCGGAACAGCUUCCGUCGCCUACAUCAAGGGCCCCUCUGACCCAGAUUUAUUUAGGACAGAGAGGGCACACGGAACGGAGAAAGACUAAAAACAAUAGCCAUAGGGCAAGGGUACACGGACGGAAGGGGGUAAAUGUCAUGAGUGUGAAGGAUGAAAUUGCUCCGAGCCUGAGCGUGUGGAACAAACAGCGGACGGGCAGAGUUGCACACGAUACUUUUGGGAGGGAGCUACCGAGUAGUUUUCUGAAGGAGUCAUUGACUUCAAGGCAGGGGAGGGGCACAUGCCCGAGUAGCGCAGCCAGCAGUGGCGUUAGUUGACACCGGGUCACCCCAAUCAUUUGUGGCCGAGAAGGUAGUCAAGCGCAUGCUUGAAUGCGGGGCAGCCUCGAAAUCAGGCAUCCGCACUGCCAAAACACGUAGAUGGAGUGGGUUUGCAGGCACACCAUUGGCAACGAAUAGCAUGGUGCGACUCAAUGUACAGUUUUUCGAUCGUGCGUUACAACCCACAGCAAAGCUUGCAGUGAACGCGUAUGUAGUACCAGAGGAGGUGAUGAGCCACAAGGUUCUCCUCGGUACAGACAGUUGGGCGCGUUUCCCUGUGAGGGAGUAUAGUGAUGAAAGGGAGGGUGAGACCUCUCUCCGAUUGAAAACCUCCCUUCCUCCUACCCAAACACCUACGGUUGACCAGGAUGCUGAGCCGGAGAUGGUAGCGUACAUCGAGUCACCAGACCAUGAUGGCAGCGAGCAUCGUUUGAUUUUUGAUUCCACGAAAGACGU